CCUAUUGGACUAGGACAGCUUUUUAAUGUUGUACUUUAUUUGUUUUUUGACUGAAUCCUGGCUGGAAGAAGCUCUGUGUCCACACUAGGGUCAAAAUCAUACUGUGUCAGCUGCGACAGUACUGAUCUGACUGGGUGAACACUUUUCUUUUAGUCGCCUAAGUUAUAUAACUUUUAAAUAAGCUGAGGUUAUGUUACAGCUCUGUGUCUGGGAACAUCUUGUACGUAAUGCUGAUAAACGCUGUAAAAAAAAAAAAAAAAAAAAAAAAAGAUAAACAAAUACAGCAUUGCACUGUAGAGAAUGGAUAAAAGAAUAAUAUUACAGGAUGAUAGUUGUGGGUGAUUAUUGUAUCUGGAUUCAAAUUGGUUACAAAUCUGGUCACUUAAACUACUUUAGUAGGUGGUCUGAGAGGCAUUUAAGCCUCAUGGUAAGUGUAAGUGCAUGUGGUUAAAAUCUUAAUCAAAACACAAUCCUGAUACUAAUCACAUGUGACCAGGUUUAAACAAAACGCAUAAAGAGUUACAAAUUCUUUAAAAAAAAAUUCUCAUUUACGAUCCCAUACAUAUUGCAGCAAUAAAAACAGAUAGUGGAAAGAGGUACUGGAGCACAACAUAUUGUUCUGCUUUAGCUGUGCUGUCAUCAUAGCCAAUAAAAGUUUGUCUAAAGUUGGGCAAAACCCUAGAUGCAGUCAAUUAGCCAAGACAUGUUUGGUGACUAAAGUUUGCUUCUUUUGUUUAGAGUGAAAGAUGCUAAGCUAAUUUUGCUAACAAACACUGAACUGUGAUUAAGACAGACACCAAGCUCUUCUCUCCUGUAAAAAAAGAACUGAAGAAUGCAUCCAGAAAUAAAUGUUUUGAAGCAGACAUACAAUUGUGGUUCAGAAUUUGCUUUAGUUUAUAAAUACAGAAAUAAACUACUCCACAGAGUUCUAUUGUGGUAAAGUCAUUCAAGUUCAGCAUUUCCUAGCAAUUUUAGUAUAGCAUCUCCUGUUGUAAACUAAAACACUUCGGAUACCAAAUGUGCCUUGCCUGAUAUAAUACAUCUUGUGCAUCCACUAGAUAAAACUCUUAUUAUCACAUUGUGAAGGGUAGCUUGUGGUUUCUUCAAGUCAAACAAAGAGGCAACUUAUUUUUUCAAACUGUUGCUAAUGUAGCCUUUUAUUGGACAGCUGAAUGAACUUGAAGGCGAGUUCUAUUCAUCAGUUAUGUAAGGUCAGCUACUAGAUGCUUGUGUAAAUUUAGAGAGGGCAUCUUCAUUUUAUUUAAGGAAGAACAUAUUUACUCUUUUCAGUUUCACUGACAGGAAGAUUGAAUAUUUGGGCGUAUUGCUCUUUGCCCCAGGUAAUUUGUGACACUGAGGUUUCCACCCCACGCGGACACUCUAAUUGUUUGCCCAUCAUUACUUCCAUAAAGGACAGCCAUAGUGGCUAACUAACAGCAAAUUUCCUCACUAAAACACUCCUGACUGACCUGUGAGCAGAUUCGGUUUUGGAGCAGCAAACCGGGCCUUCCAAAGCCCAGCCAUUAAAAGUCCAGACAGUCUGGCGGCCGGAGUCUCGUUAAGACUCUUAAGUGUUUAAAGAUGUUUUUUGUUCGCCACAGGAGCUGCUUGUUUACUGCUAAUUUGUUCAUCUACAGUUGGGCCUCAGGAAAUACGUGUAUAGCUCCGUGGGCUAGUUAGGUUAGGGACUUAACUCAAUGCCUUUGUCUCAUUGCCAGAUCUGAGCAUCCUUUGCUGCCUUGGUGAGGUUUUCAUCCAGAAUUAUAUCUGUGGAUGUGCACUGCUGAGAAGAGAAGCAUGAAGGAUGAUAAAGACUAUGCUUUGAAGCAGAUAGAGGGCACAGGGAUCUCCAUGUCUGCGUGUAGAGAAAUAGCUCUGCUUCGUGAGUUGAAGCACCCCAAUGUGAUCUCACUUCAAAAGGUUUUCCUGUCACAUGCAGAUCGCAAAGUGUGGCUUCUCUUCGACUACGCAGAGCAUGACCUCUGGCACAUCAUUAAGUUCCACAGAGCCUCUAAGGCCAAUAAGAAACCCCUGCAGCUUCCACGAGGGAUGGUGAAAUCUCUCCUCUAUCAGAUCCUGGAUGGCAUCCACUACCUGCACGCCAACUGGGUCCUGCACAGAGACCUGAAACCUGCAAAUAUAUUAGUAAUGGGGGAGGGGCCAGAGAGGGGUCGUGUGAAGAUCGCGGAUAUGGGCUUUGCACGGCUCUUUAAUUCACCACUGAAGCCUUUAGCGGAUCUGGACCCCGUGGUGGUCACUUUCUGGUACAGAGCGCCAGAGCUGCUGUUGGGGGCCAGACAUUACACCAAAGCCAUUGAUAUAUGGGCGAUCGGCUGUAUCUUUGCUGAGCUCUUGACUUCAGAGCCCAUAUUCCACUGUCGGCAAGAGGACAUUAAGACCAGUAACCCAUACCACCACGAUCAGCUGGACCGCAUCUUUAAUGUCAUGGGCUUCCCUGCAGAUAAAGACUGGGAGGACAUUAAGAAGAUGCCGGAACACUCCACGCUGAUGAAAGACUUCAGAAGGAACACAUACACUAACUGCAGCCUUAUAAAAUACAUGGAAAAACAUAAAGUCAAACCAGACAGCAAAGCAUUCCACUUGCUGCAAAAGCUGCUCACGAUGGACCCAAUCCGCAGGAUCACGUCUGAGCAGGCCAUGCAGGACCCCUACUUCCUAGAGGAGCCUCUGCCAACCUCUGACGUCUUCGCAGGUUGCCAGAUUCCUUACCCCAAGCGAGAAUUCCUGACUGAGGAGGAGCCAGAGGACAAAGCCGAUAAAAAGAACCAGCAGCAGCAGGGGAACAACCACACCAAUGGGGCGGGACACACAGGUAACCCUGACAACAGCCACGCACAAGGCCCGCCUCUGAAGAAGGUGAGAGUGGUUCCACCCACCACUACCUCAAGUGGCCUGAUUAUGGCCUCAGAUUACCAGCGUUCAAAUCCACAUGCUGCCUACCAGAACCCAGGACCAAGCACAUCACUGCCCCAGAGCAGCAUGGGCUACUCCACUACCUCCCAGCAGCCUCCACAGUACUCCCACCAGACCCACCGCUACUGAGCCCACCCAUGCCCUCCUGCCGCCCAACAGGGAGAAUGUACUGAGGGAGGUGGAUGAGGCUUUGGGACCUGACCCCAAAGGCCACCCCUACCACGUGGGCGCUUUUUCGCGUAGCGUUUACCAUAGAGACACCACCAAGACAGUACAGUAACUAAACACAAACUAACUAACGACGCAUCCAUUCACCGUAACAACGGAGCUACAGCGGAACAUUGUCCUCAGGCGAGGAGAGGAAACCUGAGGAAAGGAAAAACUGAACUGAAAGCAAUUUGCGGCGCGGGGGAAAAGGCGGGAGGGGGGCGAAUACAUGCUUGUGCCAUGGGUCAUUGUUCCAGUUCCAGUACGAAGAGAUUAUGUGACCUUGCAACAAAAAAAGAAAAAAACACAAAAGAAAACUAAACAGCAGAAAAAGAAACAAACUAGUGAUCUCGACAUGUGGUACUGGACAGCUGCACUCAGAUGUGAGACUGGUUUGAAUUGAGUUUAAUCUCCCUCCCCUCCGUUACAAUAGAGCAAAGCCCCCCAGCACCAGUCCCACCUGCACCUGCCCUUCAUCACUCAAAAGUCCUACAGCUUCUCCAGGACUAAAGCUGCUAUGUGACUGCCAGCAGUGACGGUAUGACUGUGUCUGUCUGUCUGUCUGUCUGUCUGUCUGUCUGUCUGUCAGUCUGUCUGUCUGCCCGCCCUCACUCACACGCGCACACACACACACAUACAUCUACUCAAACACACACACACACACACACACACACACACACACACACACAGGUCAUUGCUGGGGACCGAAUUUUCUGUGCUGGAGCUGCUGACUGGAGCAUGAUGAGUGCAUCUAGUGCCCCCUGCUGGAGAGCAGCAGUAGUGUCCUCUGGGAAGUAGAGGAGGGGAGGGGGAAACAAGACAGAAACUUGAGUUUAGUAGUUUAUAAUUUAAUGUUUUGGCUUUGUUUUCACGUUAGGAGAGGUAAACAGCUUCCGUUUUGCUGUGAGAGCAGCGGUUAUGUGCAGUGGGUAAGCCUUAGAACUUCAUGACAAAAAAAAAAAUCAGUUGUGUGGACGGCAGAUUGAACAUGCAUUGUACUGUAUUGUAAUGAAAUAUUUUACAUGAAGCAAGUAUCCUGACAAUAAAGUUGGAAAUGUUUAAAA